CAAAAGAGGGGAGACAGUUGAUGAAAAGAUCAGAAAGCUUGAUACUGAGUUGGCUAGAUAUAGGGAACAAAUUAAGAAGACUCGUCCUGGUCCUGCUCAGGAUGCUAUCAAAGCUCGGGCCAUGAGAGUACUUAAACAGAGGAAGAUGUAUGAAGCACAGCAGGAGACGCUUUACAAUCAGACCUUUAACCUUGACCAAGUUGCUUUUGCUGCAGAGGGACUAAAAGAUGCUAAGCAAACUAUGACAGCUUUGCAGUCUGCCAAUAAAGAGCUAAAAGGAGUGAUGCGAACUGUGAAUAUCGAUGACAUAGAUCGUAUGCAAGAUGAGAUGAUGGAUCUGAUGGAUAGGAGCAAUGAAGUACAAGAAUCUCUCGGCAGAAACUACAAUGUCCCUGAUGACAUUGAUGAGGAAGAUCUUUUGGGCGAGUUAGAUGCUUUGGAAGCUGACAUGGGAAUGGAGACGGAACCUAAUGCGGUCCCAUCCUAUCUUCAACCAGAUAAAGAGACAGAGUUGGAGGAGGAAAUGACGUUGCCUGCAGCACCUACAGGCCAGGCUGCAGCAGCACAACCUAACUGGCACAGCGCCCCGAUGGAGGAUGAGCUAGGCUUGCCGGCGGUUCCCAGAGCAUCUCUUCGUGGUUAAAGCGACUCCAAAGCGCUCGCCUUGAUGUAAGUAAAUUUCAUAUUUCCUUAAUAGGGCGGGGUGACACAUUGAUCAUUUCGUAGAUAGAACUAGUGGGCAUUCGGAAUGCAAUGUGGGUAAAUUUUGUCAAUAAGGAGAUUGUGUGAUAUGUAUAUAUAUUGGUCUGAAAGUCUCAGAUAUUAUCAGCCAAUUAGAAUGAUAGGUUUUAUUACUGUUCUUUUUUCUAUUCUUGGCUUUUAUGGAAGGGCUAUAUCAUGUGCAAUUUUGUGAAUCUUUCUUCUGUUGAAACAGUGAUGAUGUAUGGUUGCAAUUUCUGCAGCACCAUUUGCUGUCCUUGGUUUUGUUACUCCUAUUGCAAAAUUUUCCUUUGCAGUUCCUGGUA